UUACAUUUCUAAAAUGGCCACGUAAUGUCAGAUGGUUCGUUUCAAAAAAGUCGUUUAUAAAUUUAUUUAUUUUCAUAUGGUGUAUAAUUUUGAACAUGUUGAAGGAGAAACCUAUGGUGCGAAUGAGCUCAAGUGGUCACACUGUGGAGUCCUUUGAUAUAUCAGAGUUGACUCCUGAGCAACAAAAAAUUUUAAUUGAUAUAAGGAGGAGAAAAACCGAUUUGCUACUUGAAAUUCAGAAGAUGAUGUAUAAUACUGUCGGGAGGACUAGAAAAAGUUCCAUUAGCACUUCCUCUGCGUCUGUGACGGUCUCGGGUUGGUUCAAUUCUCUCAGAAAAAAUGGGAAAAAAGGGAAAGUUUCACAAAAGAAUUUCUCGGCCUCUAGGAGCGAUUGGGACAUCUCGACAAUUACCACAGCGCCACCUCGAUGGCAACUCAAGGAUGAAUUGUGCGAUGUGGUUUCCGAAAUGGAAUCGCUGGAUUCUGGAGAGGAAGGCAAAAAUAGCAAUAAAGCUAAAAUGAUGUCUAUUGGUCGGAAAAAAUUUAACAUGGAUCCUAAAAAAGGUAUCGAGUAUUUGAUUGAGAAGGAUCUCAUCCAGAACACACCCGAGAGCGUCGCCCAAUUUCUUCAUAAAGGAGAGGGACUUAACAAGACUGCUAUUGGGGAUUAUCUGGGAGAAAAGAACGAGUUCAACGAAAAAGUUUUGCAGGCAUUUGUUGGAUUGCACGAUUUUACUGAUCUUAUUCUAGUACAAGCCUUAAGACAAUUCUUGUGGAGUUUCCGUUUGCCAGGAGAAGCACAAAAGAUCGAUAGGAUGAUGGAAUGCUUUGCAAAAAGAUACUGUGAAUGUCAGGGAGAAAAUAAUAUAUUUCAAAAUUCGGACACGUGUUAUGUUCUUUCAUUUGCCAUCAUCAUGCUGAACACGAGUCUCCACAAUCCAAGCGUUAAAGAAAAACCAACGAUCGAUCAGUUUAUUAAUAUGAAUCGAGGCAUCAAUAUGGGACAGGAUUUACCAAGAGAAUUACUGGUGGGUCUUUAUGAAAGUAUCAAAGCUGAGCCUUUUAAGAUUCCAGAAGAUGAUGGUAACGAUUUAAUGCAUACGUUUUUUAAUCCGGACAAAGAAGGUUGGCUGUGGAAACAAGGCGGUCGUUAUAAAAGUUGGAAACGGCGCUGGUUCAUUCUAAACGAUAACUGCCUGUAUUAUUUUGAAUACACGACAGAUAAGGAGCCCCGAGGUAUCAUCCCAUUGGAGAACAUCUCCGUCCGAGAAUGUACCGAUCGUCAAAAACAACAUUGCUUUGAACUUUAUGCAAGUGGAGGUGCGGAUUUCAUAAAGGCCUGUAAAACAGAUUCGGAAGGUAAAGUUGUCGAGGGUAAGCAUACGGUUUAUAGAAUGUCGGCAAGUAGCGAAGAGGAAAAGAUCGAUUGGAUGAACAGAUUAAGUCAAAGUAUAAGUCAUAAUCCUUUUUACGAUAUGCUGGCCAGUAGAAAGCGGAAAGCCCAAUAUACAGCCAAAAAUUAACCAAUACAAUACCAUACAACAAUUGAGAUUUUUGUGUGCUCAUGUCACCCUUAUAAUUUUCACUAUCAUUUUUUUUUUUCAAUUUAUGGUAUAUGAAGCCGCUGAAAUUAAUUAUUAACUAAAAGUAAAUUUCAUAAUGAAAUUUGUUAAACUCGUCGUUUUUAAUGCAGUACUGUGCUCGUUGGUCUGUAGUAAUACCUAAAUUUACAUAUGUAAUUAAUAACGAACGGUAUGUGAUGAUAGUAAUUUUUUAAAUAAAGUCCUACAUAUUUCUACUUAUUUUCUAGAGAAGAUGUGAACGAUAAAUAUGCUCAAAAAACAAAAUUCUUUCUCUUUUCCUAAUCGCCUUUCAUGUUCUUUAUAAGUACUUUGAAAAUUAGCCCAAGCAGGUUGUUUGUUGUAUUUUACACGAAUUUCUUAAUUAGGGGAGACGUGUCGACAUUUCGAUCGUUUGAUAUUUCUAUGAAUUAAUGCGAUUAAUAAUCGUCACAUAUCGAAGAACCUAACGAGAGACUGGGCUUGCAAUUAUUGUUAAGCUCCUUACAUAUCGAUUAAUUAACAAGUUUUAUUAUUUGUUGUUUGCAAUUAAAAAAGAAAUUUGUUCAUGGAAAAUUACAUAUGUCGAGGUUUCUCAAAUGUUUUAUUUUAACUUUGCUUUGUACAUUUGCAUAUUUAGAAUAUUUGUUAUAUUUUCUUCGAACUUGUAUGUACAGCGUAUGUGUGCGUGCGUGCGUUGUUGUUGUUGUUAUUAUGAUUUAUAAAUUACUAUUUUAUAAUAUUUUAAAUACUAGUCGAACCCUGAAAAUUAUUAUAUGUAUAAAUAUUUACAAAUACUAACGUAGGAAUUUAUAUUAUUCAUUGAUACCUGAAGGAAUCGUAAUACACCUUUCUUAUUAUCAAUUAAGAGAAACUUUUUGUACAUGAAUUGAAUGUAUAUAAUAAGUUAAGUAUGUACCUAUAUGUGAUGUACAUAUUAUAAUAUUAUGUGAAUCUUUUAAGAAGCAAUAAACAAUUGUUUCCUAAACUAUGUAAAAAUGCA